AUGCUCUUACGUGUUGCUGCAGUGAAGGCACCCCGCACACACAACCGUCGCUGUGUGACCGGAUCCAGCGGAGGGAGGAGGGAAGGAAGAGAGGGUGAGCCGCAGAGGCCCAACAUGUCCCGGCGUGUGUUUACUUCCGCCGCGUUUUUCCUCGUUGCGAUGGUGUGCUGCGUUACCGGUUGGGCUGCGGCUGCUGAGGGCAAAACAAGGAAUACCAUUGAUCUGUUUGAGGGGACGCCGCCGAUAUCAUUUGGUAAUUGGAAGGAGUUGAAGGCGGAGGGCAGCAAAAUCACCUCGCUCCGUGUUCCUGGCCUCGUUAAAGUGGGUGAUGAUGUAUUUGCCGUUGCUGAGGCGCUGUGUGGGGAGAAGGAUGGAGCCGGCAGCUGUCCUGGGAUUGUGUCAAAGCACCUGAAUAUAAGUGAUGACUCAAUGGAUAUUUCGACGUCGGAUAUAAGUUUGUUUUGCAUGCAACUUGUGGACACCGCCGCGAAUAAUUUUGGGACAACGGAAGUUUUGCGACCAACGACACUUGUAAUUGGGGAGAGUGUCUACAUGCUCCUGGGAAAGCAAAGCCGUACAGAGCAGCAGGUUGAAGGUACGAAUGAGCGGGGUCUUUUACUCGUGAAGGGAACUGUCACGGUGGAUGGUGGAAGCAACAAGAAAAUCAAAUGGAAUGAGACACAUGUGGUGAGGCCUGAACCCAAAGGAGAAUCUCAUUCCUUGACCGAGUUAAUUGGCUGUGGAGGAUCGGGUGCUGUGAUGGAUGACGGCACGCUUGUGUUUCCCAUGCAGGCCAAAGGCAAGGAUGGAACGAGCGUUUUGCUGUCUAUGCAUUUCUCCAAGUCGGAGAACAAAUGGGAGCUUUCAUCCACGACGCCUGGUAACGGCUGCAGGGAUCCAACCCUGGUGAAGUGGGAAGACCAAUACGACGAAAGACUCUUCAUGAUGGCUCGUUGUGCUGGAGGCUACUAUGACGUUUACAGGUCCACUGAGAAUGGAGUUAGUUGGUAUACGUUGGGUGAGUCAAUUAAUCGUGUCUGGGGCAACUCACACAAUCGAACAGGGUACGGCGUCCCGAGUGGAUUUACCACCGCAACCAUUGAGGGUAAGGAGGUGAUGCUCAUCACCGCGCCGGUGUAUUCGAAGGACAACGAAGGUGGAAAGGGUCGGCUUCAUCUUUGGGUGACGGACAAUGCACGUGUGCAUGAUGUUGGACCGAUAUCCCGUGAGGGUGAUUACGCUGCCGCCAGUUCUCUGCUGGUGAAAAGUGAGGAUGAGCUGAUUUUACUGUACGAGAAGAGGAAUGGUGACAGAGCAUACAGUCUUGUCGCCAUGCGCCUGACUGAGCAGCUGGAGCGGAUAAAGUGUGCGGUGAAGACAUGGAAAGAAUUGGACGACGCCCUGGGGGUUCCCACUGAAGGGCUGGUUGGUUUUUUAUCCAGCACAUUGGACGGGACUGCAUGGAGGGACGAGUACCUCGGCGUGAAUGCCACAGUGGGGGACGGAGUGACCAGCACGGAGAGCGGUGUGACGCUCAAGGGAUCAGAGGCGAAGUGGCCUGUUGGCGACAUGGGGCAGACUGUGCCGUACUACUUUACAAACAACAAGUUCACUCUUUCGGCGACGGUGGUCAUCCACGAGGUGCCGGAGGCAGGCAGCAGCCCCGUUCCUUUGAUUGGUGCGAGGCUGAACGACACGGCCAGCACGGUGCUCUUUCAGCUGUCGUACACGAGUGAAAGAAAUUGGAACCUCACGCUUCACAAGAUGGAUUUUUUGGUGAAGCCGUCUGGUGAUGUUGGCAAUUGGGAAACAAACACGGCAAUUCGAGUGACGGUGCGAAAGAAUAACGAUGAUGAAUGGUUUGUGUACGCUAAUGGGAGAAGAAUAUACGAGACGGAUGAAAAAGAAAUGGCUAAGCACCGUAACACUGAUCAGUUCGGUCCACACAGGAUCUCACACUUCUUCUUUGGUGCGGGCAAUAAGGAAGAUGAAGGGAACAGCCAUGUGACGGUGGCUGAUGUCCUUCUGUACAACCGCAUACUGUAUCGUGAUGAUCUCGGAAACCUCAACGCCAGGACAGUCCCUAUUCGACAUCCGGCUGCCGAAGAACUGCACACUGCGGUGGAGGUCACGGCGACGGAGGAAGAAAAGCAGAAGGUCAGGCAGCUGACGACUUCCCUGGCAGACGUUGAAGAUCCUCGAAUUGCACAGCCGACUAACUCUCAGUCUGUCCGUGUUCUUGCGGGCAGUGAAUCGAGUGCUGAGAAUGCUGAGGACGAAUUGCGUCCACGCACUGCCGCUACAAAUGACACUUCCGUUCCAGGAACCAAUCACUCAGCUUCCGAGGGCAGUAUGAGUCCAAAGGACCGCCUCGCUCUGAUCACCGACGCGAAAUUGAUCCUGCAUGAUUUACGUGGUGACAGCACUGCGCGUGUGUGCGUGUCUCGGGUGUUGCUGCGUCUUCUGGGGCUGUGUGCACUUGUGGCAGUCUUGUGA